GAUGUCCAUCCCUGCCCUCAGGGGCGUUCGGUUCUCCAGGAAAGUGUGGAAAGCAUUCCGGCCUUCACUUAAUUCUGUUAAGAAAAAUCCCUGCAGUUCACUCAGCCCACCAUGCUUUACUGAGGAGGACCGAUUCAGCCUAGAAGCUCUCCGCAUGAUCCAUAAACAAAUGGAUGAUGACAAAGACGGUGGUAUUGAAGUAGAUGAAAGUGAUGAGUUUCUAAGGGAAGAUAUGCAGUACAAGGAUGCCUCUAAUAAACAUAGUCACCUGCACAGAGAAGACAAACAUAUCACCAUUGAGGAUCUGUGGAAACGCUGGAAGACAUCUGAAGUUCAUAACUGGACGCAAGAGGACACUCUUCAGUGGCUUUCAGAAUUUGUUGAACUGCCACAAUAUGAAAAGAAUUUCAGAGAGAGCAAUGUCAAUGGAACAACACUUCCUAGGAUAGCAGUAAAUGAACAUGCUUUCAUGAUCUCUCACUUGAAAAUAAUUGACCGGAGCCAUAGACAGAAGCUUCAGCUUAAAGCCUUGGAUGUGGUUUUAUUUGGACCUCUUACUCGUCCCCCUCACAACUGGAUGAAGGAUUUUAUAUUAACAGUUUCUAUAGUUAUUGGUUUUGGAGGCUGCUGGUUUGCAUAUGCUCAGAACAGAACCUCAAGAGAACAUAUCACGAAAAUGAUGAAGGACUUAGAAAGUCUUCAAACAGCAGAGCAAAGUCUUCUUGACUUGCAGGAAAGGCUUGAGAAGGCACAAGAAGAGAACAGAAAUGUUGCUGUGGAAAAGCAAAAUCUGGAGCGCAAAAUGAUGGAUGAGAUCAAUGAUGCAAAACGGGAAGCUCAUCGCCUAAGGGAAUUAAGGGAGGGAGCUGAAUGUGAACUCAGCAGGCUCAAAUAUGCAGAGGAAGAAUUAGUACAGGUUCGCAUGGCUUUAAAAAAGGCUGAGAAGGAGUUUGAGUUGAGAAGUAAUUGGUCUGUUCCUGAAGCUUUGCAGAAGUGGCUUCAGUUAACACAUGAAGUUGAAGUACAAUAUUACAACAUCAAAAGACAGCAUGCAGAAAUGCAAUUAGCAAUUGCCAAAGAUGAGGCAGAAAAGAUAAAAAAGAAGAGAAGCACCGUGUUUGGAACAUUACACGUUGCACACAGCUCCUCCCUGGAUGAAGUGGACCAUAAAAUUCUUGAAGCAAAGAAAGCACUCUCUGAGUUGACAACGUGUUUGCGAGAGCGUCUUUAUCGAUGGCAACAGAUUGAGAAGAUUUGCGGGUUUCAAAUCGCACACAAUUCUGGGCUACCAAGCUUGACCUCCUCUCUCUACUCUGAUCACAGCUGGGUAGUUAUGCCUCGAGUCUCCAUUCCUCCUUACCCAAUUGCAGGGGGAGUUGAUGACUUAGAUGAAGAUACUCCUCCAAUAGUUUCACAGUUUCAUGGGUCCAUUGUGAAACCUCCCAGCAGCACACUGGCAAGAAGCAGUAGCUUGUGUCGAUCAAGACGCAAUGUUGUGCCAUCAUCUCCGCAGUCUCAGCACGCUUUGCACUCCCCUGACCCUGACAUCCUUUCUGUGUCGAGCUGCCCAGCUCUUUAUCGAACUGAAGAGGAGGAGGAAGCCAUUUACUUCUCUGCUGAUAAACAAUGGAUCAAAAGCAAUGUCAGCUACUGGGCGAAGAGAAGAUGGAUGGUAACACAAUUCUUACAGCAUGUUGAGCGUGUACCUACUCUUGUUACAUGGCCUCAUAGGAAAAGGUUAAAUUCCUUUUGGAAGGAGCAAAUGAGCUUGUUGAAAGGGAAGUACAGGAAACCGGUUCGGAAUGUGACUCCUUAAAUUCAUCCAUUGGAAGGAAGCAGUCUCCUCCAGCAAGUCUUGAGAUGUACCAGACAAUUUCUCCUCAGAAAGUAUCCCCAGAAGAAUUCUCACUGGAGGAAUCAUCUACAGGAGACUCCUCUUCUUUAACUGCAGAUAUUUCUAGGGGCUCUCCUGACUGUGUAGGCAUGGCAGAAACUAAGAGCAUGAUCUUUAGUCCUGCAAGCAAAGUUUAUAAUGGAAUCUUGGAGAAGUCCUGCAGCAUGAACCAGCUUUCAGCUGGGAUCCCAGUCCCAAAGCCUCGGCACACCUCGUGUUCUUCAACUGGCAGUGAUAGUAAACCCAGCCAUGAAGCUGCUUCUGUCCCCAGGAUAAGUAGCAUCCCACAGGACCUCUGCCAAAAUGGUGAAAAAAAUAAAAAGCCAUCAAAAAUAAAAAACCUCUUUAAGAAGAAGUGUAAGUGAGAUGGGCAGAAGAAAACCUAUAGUAAUGUUAUGCGAACUCUAUUUUUUACACCUUUAGGAAUGUAAUUCCAUUUGAGCAUUCCAGACUGGAUGCCCUAGUGGAAUGCUCAGUAGGUCACCUAUAUUUAACUGACUGUAACGGUCGUGCCAGCUGUCAAUGAGAAAUCAUUAAAAAGUUCAGACAGUUUACAUUAAUUUCUGCCUAUUUAUUUCUUUUUUUUUUUUUUAAUUUUAGUUUGUCUUUUUCAGUGUUCUUUUUUUUUUUUUUUUAAAUUUGUUGGUUUUUUAAAGUUUAUUCAUAAACCAUUUUUAAGCCACUUUGGACUCCUAAGCUUUAAUGGACUAGUAAGCCUUCCUGGGCUUGCCAAAGUUUCUUGUUUACUGGAGCAUCUUCCUAUCUUUCCAUAGAACUAGGACAUUUGUCUACCGGACUUUAACAGAAAUAAAAGAAGUAGAACUAAAUGAAUUGCACUACUGUUUUACAGACUGGAACAGUCUCUGCAAGUGAAACUGAAAGACUUGUAUUUGACUGAGAAGAUAAAUCUUUUCACUUUUAGAUCUUUUGGGGUUUUUAAGUAGAAUUUAGCAUUUCUAAUUGACUUGAUUUCUGGAAAUGGAAAUGUCAUGCUUUUAUUAUGGGAAGCUUUGUUAGAUGCAUUUAUUAUUAGAAUGGUUCAAGUCCUGCUGUAAAGAUCAUUUUUUUCCCAGGACUUUCACUGUGAUUUUACUUCACUGCAGGCUGUAUGACAAAAAAAAAAGUAAUUUAUCAAGAGAAAAGGCUCUUGAUUCCUUAUGCAAGUGAUGGUUGUGAAACUUGACUGAAGACUGAAAAUAUUCACUCUUUAAGCGAGGAGAGGAAAUAGUAGCUUUUGUUUACAGACUGAGAGACAACGGACAUUUGGGUUGUGAAAGUUUGUACUGUGGUAAAGAUAAUAAAUUGGAAACAUUAUUGUGCUUGGGAAUGUUCCAAUUUUAGCUAAUGCUUGUUUCAGACAUGUUUCAGAGUUCCUGUUAAUUGAAAGCUGUCGUAGGCUACAUUGCUUAUGCUUACUGCUGUGUAUAAGUUAUUAUUAUAUUUUUUCAAUUAGC